CGGCUCUUCUUAUUCGCUCACUGCGCUCUCAUCCUCGGUGCGGCUAGUGUCUCUGCCUACUCCCGUGCGUAAGAGCGCACCGAUGGAUAUGUAAAGUGGUGCACUCGUGAAAAAACGCCAAACCUGAGCGUGCAAAUGCCUUUCUGCAAACACGUCUAGAUGCGCAACAGAGAGCGCGCGUUGGAGACCAAUUAAAGUAAUCCCACAAUUUUUAUUCUGCGCGUUUUUUGUUGUUGUUGUUUUUCUUUUUUUUGGAUGAUGAUAUGGUAAUAAAGAUGUUCAUCAGCGCGGAUGACGGUGCGUUGCUAUUUGGAUGUGUGUUCCUGGACUUUUCAGCAUAUCAUGACCGCGCGCCCUUUCCCCUCUCUCCAAGUCGUUUCGUUUCCGCGUGAAGUUGACCGGAGGAGCAGGCACGAUGAGAGGGAAAUACUUUCUUCUCGGCUUCUUGUUGCUCAAACUUAUGGCUCUGGUGUGCAAGGCUGACGGGGAGCCGGGACUGCUCGGCGGAUUCGUCAUGAUCGCCACCUCCAACGGCUCCAGGGAGGAGGAGAGCGUGUCCGAGGAGACCCCGCACACGGAGGACAAAUGCCGGGGUUACUACGACGUGAUGGGCCAGUGGGACCCGCCGUUCAUCUGCAAAACGGGCAAUUAUCUGUACUGCUGCGGCACCUGUGGCUUCCGCUUCUGCUGCUCCUACAAGCACUCGCGCCUGGACCAGAGCACCUGCAAAAACUACGACACCCCGGUGUGGAUGAAGACCGGACAGACUCCCUACAGAAAAAUGAACAAGAUGCACGACAGCACCAAAGACAAGACGAACUUAAUUGUUUACAUCAUAUGUGGAGUAGUCGCCAUUAUGGCUCUUGUGGGGAUUUUCACUAAACUGGGGUUGGAAAAGGCGCACCGGCCUCAGAGAGAGAACAUGUCCAGGGCCGUCGCCAGCGUGCUGCAGGGCGGGUGUCCAGGUGAGCAGUUUCGCGGCGAGGAGGCCCUCGGGAUGCAUUCGCAGCACUUUGUUUCCAGAGCCACAAACCUCCAGGGAGGUCAGAUCAACAACAACGUGGGACAGGGUUCAAGCAUUGCCCAGCAGCACCCUUAUCCAGCCCUCAGCCAGCUGGCUCAUGUCUACGAACAGCAGCAACAACAGCAGCAACAGCAGCAGCAUCAGCAGCAGCAGCAGCAGCAAAACAAGGAUCUCAACAAGUACGCCUCCCUGAAGGCAGUGGCUGCCAAGUACAACGGUGAAGUCUACAACAAGCGUCGGCUGAUGGUUGAGCUGCCAGCGAAGGGCGGGCUUCCUCUCCAGCCAAUGGGCAACUCCAGACAAUCCAUGGGCAACAUGUCGUCGAUGACCCCUCCGAUGACCACCAACCCUAUGGCUUCUAACCAAAUGGCCUCCAAUUCCAUGAACCCCAACAUCACCCAGAUGACCUCCAUGACCCCAAUGACAUCUAUGAUGCCCAUGACUUCCCUCACUCAGAUGACCUCCAUGACCCCUAUGACUUCCAUGACCCCUAUGACCUCCAUGACCCCUAUGACCUCCAUGACCCCAAUGACUUCCAUGACCCAAAUGACCUCCAUGACUCCUAUGACAUCCAUGACCCCUAUGACCUCCUUGACCCAGAUGACCUCCUUGGGUCCACUGACUCCUGAGCCAGUGGCCACCUAUAUCACCGAGAUGCCCAGCAUCUCUUCCAUCUCAACCCUCCCGACAGAACGGCACAUAGCCGGGAUGGGAGGAGGGGGACUCAAGCUGAAUGGCCAGAAACCCAAAGGCACCCAUGGCCACGUGGGCCACAGCUCACACAGCUCUCACAGUUCUCACACUCACAGUCAUGGUCACAGCCACAGUAGCAAGCCGCCAGGACUCAGGGCUACCUCCCUGGCACACAUGGCAGGGACCAUGCCAGGUGGCACCUCCCUGGGGAUCUCUAGGGCCGCUGAGACCACUAUUGGCCACGGCUCGGCUACAAUGGGCCGCCCAGUGGCAUACAGUUCCAACACAAUCGCGGCUGGGCAUACGAUGGGGCUGGGGUUGAAGGCCUGGGAUGGGACUGAGACGGUAGGCAGGAGGAAGACCUACGGGCACAAGAGGCCUCAGUGUACCGUGCUGGAGCCCAACCAGCUUCACGGCAGCAGAGGCCAGAGCCACAGCCAACACUUCCUUCCCACACAGCCGUACUUUGUGACCAAUAGCAAGACAGAGGUGACUGUGUGAGUGAGGAAGAAAGGGAGAAAAAGAGGGGGAAAGGAUGCAUGUGGAGUGGUGGUACAAGUAAUCUCUGAAUGGAGACACCAACCCCUGCGUUGGUCAAAGGUGCAGAUCUAUGUGUGUGUUUGUGUGGCUCGUUGGUAUACUGGUGAAUGUGAUGGGACAGUGACACUGUGUUUGAGUGGUCCUCGUUUCACAAACAAGAGUUCACCAAUCAUAUCACUGAACAGACCUUUGUUGUUGGACGGAUGGUGUUGGUGGCAUCUGUAACCAUAACUUCAAAGAGCCUACAGAGCAGGGAUGUGGUGAUAUUAGAGUGUUGUCUCACAGCUAAUAUCUAAUCGAUAUUAAUACAAUAUCUGAGCAUUACACACAAAUGAUAAAGUGGGAACCUGCUGAUAAUAAAAUGGAUUGGCUUUACGAACCAAACCCGAGAAGCAAUAUAAGGGAUUAAGUGUAAAGCACCGAAGCGUUGUGGGAAAGAAGAAACAAAGCAAGUUUACCCACAAACCUCACAACAAGAGUUCUACUCAUCUGCCCAACAAGGCGUCGAAUGGUACGGAAGAAAUAACAUUCUCUUAUGAUUCAUCCCCCAAAUCUCCCGAGGGCUUUGAAACAGACACACAUUAUGAGGGCGCUGGGCUUGGACUGCAGACAUGCAGGGCUUUGUACUGUGGCUAUUCAGAAGCGCCUUCAUAAGAUCUGCAGCUGAAGGUCGCCCUUUUUUCCACAAGGCUCCACAGCACAGAGAAUGGAGGCUGUCACACUGGCAUUGUUCUGUUCUGAUCUCGUCUAUGUGGUGACAGCUGGCCCAGAGGAGGGAUAAAGGAGGCAGGGAGGCAGCAUCUGGAUGAUGCUGCAGCAAGCAGAGGCUCCACGGAGCAUGAUUCUUGUACACACACACACA